AUGGUUCGGUCGAUGGUUAAGUAUGAGUUGAUUGCUAAUGAAAAUGCACGGAGGGAGACAUUUCGGAAAAGGAAGGCUGGCUUACUGAAGAAGGCGAGUGAACUGAAAACUUUGUGUAACAUCGAUGCAUGCGCCAUUAUUUACAAUAAAGAUGGUGGCCCACCAGAUGUUUGGCCUUCCUCUGUUGAAGCUCACCGUUUGCUUCACAGGUUCAACAAUUUGCCUAUCAUGGUGAAAACUAGCACCAUGAUGGAUCAAGAAGGAUUCCUUAUCCGAAAUCUGGAGAGGCUGAACAAAAAUCUAGAGAAGGAAAAGAAGACCCGCCAGCUUGAGAUGGAACAACUUUUGGCCAGAUGUUUGGUUGAAAAUAAUGCACCUGAUGUGAGCAAUUCUGAGUAUAUGAAAGAUUUCUUGUAUCUCGUGGAUGAUAAGUUUCUGUCAAUCCGUAACAAGAUUUCAGUCAUAAAGCAUUCUGGUUUUACCCCAGAUGCUGUUGGAAAUAAGGCUAAGAAUGAAUUAGAGAGUAGCAGAGAAAAGGAGUCCUUUUGAAGAUAACCAUCGAGGACCUAUAUGGCAUCAAUCAUGAUGUGCUGAUCUUUGUUAUCUGUGAUCUGCUGUUCCUUCUAAAAUUUCACAGAAAAAUGUAUUCCCAGCUUCAAUGAUGUCAAGUUGUUUCCAUUUUCCGUAAUUCCCUUGAUUUCUUGGUAAUUUUAGUCCUUGCUUAUGGGUAUCUAAACUUCCUG